AUGCAGAUGAAUACAGUGUCAGAAAAUGGCAGGGAGGCUGUCCCAGAGCACUCGAUUGUAUAUCAAGCAUACACACACCCCUGGUUCCAGAUCCUCCUGAUCAGCUUCAUCUGCUUCUGCUGUCCUGGAAUGUACAAUGCCCUAACGGGCCUCGGCGGCUCCGGCCAAGUUGACCCAACAGUCGCAGCAAACGCAACUGUCGCUCUUCUCUCAGCAACAGCAGGCACAGCUCUCUUCAUCGUCGGUCCCAUCUUUAACCGCGUCGGACCACGAGUCUGCCUCCUUCUCGGAGGUUGGACAUACCCGCUCUACGCAGGGAGUCUUCUCUGCUUCAACCGGACUCAGAACGGGGCAUUCGUAAUCACCUCCGGUGCUAUUCUCGGUAUUGGCGCUUCGUUCCUCUGGGUAUCUCAAGGAGCAAUUAUGACUACUUACGUGCACGAGUCCCAGAAGGGCCGCGCGAUUGCGGUGUUCUGGAUUAUAUUUAACCUUGGUGGUGGUGUAGGCUCCCUGGCGAGUUUCGGCCUGAAUUAUGAUUCGGAGAGUGGGACUGUUUCUGAUGGGACAUAUAUCGCCUUAUUAAUUCUCAUGGCUGUAGGCUGGUUACUUGGAGUUCUAAUCUGCCCGCCAUCAGCCGUGCGUCUGGAUGAACUACAACAACAGCAGACGGCGGAGAGAGAAACCGAAGCAGCCACAAACUGGAAGCGAACGCUCCGCCUGGCAACCCAAACAAUCAUCGAUUGGCGCGUCUUAUGUAUUCUGCCGCUCUUCUUCUGCGCGAACGUCUUCUACUCGUACCAGCAGAAUAUCGUCAAUGGGAUGACGUUUAACAUCCGCACGCGCUCCCUAAACAGCGCCCUGUACUGGAUAGCACAGAUGAUCGGCGGUCUAAUCAUGGGUCUGAUUCUCGAUAUUCCCAGCCUAAGCCGUCCGGCACGCGCGAAAGCGGGCUGGCUCUUCCUGCUUAUUACAGGGAUGGGGAUCUGGGGCGGGGGAUACGCGUUCCAGAGAUGGAGCACUGCAAGGAUGUCGCAUGGUCUUAAACAGGAUAUUGAUUACACAGAGGGUUCAGUCUCAACGGGCCCGAUAUUCCUGUAUAUAUUCUACGGUGGGUUUGAUGCAUUUUGGCAGUCAUAUUGCUACUGGCUUAUCGGGGCGCGGUCGAAUGAUCCGGCAGUGGUGGCUGUGCUGGUCGGUGCGUAUAAGACGUUCCAGAGUACGGGAGGUGCGAUGGCUUGGAGGAUUAAUGCGUUGGAUAAGCCCGCAAUGACGCAGUUUGCGAUGGACUGGGGGCUCUGUAUGGCUGCUUUGGUGGUUGCUGGGCCGGCUGUGUUGGCUGUGACGACGACCAGUAGAGAGGAUUUAGAUGGGCAUACGGAGGAGAAGGAGAGGGUCGAAUUAUAG